GUGGGUACCGCCGCAUUUCCCGGCUGUUUCUAAGGGAGACCAAGCCCACAAACAAGAGUGCACGAAGCCCUGUGUGGCCCGGGAGCGCCAGAGGCGCUUGUGUAGUGAUUCGUAUUGUGUCACUCUUCGCCCGUGGGAAUGUCGCCCAGCACGUCGUGGGCUUGCGUACCACAAAUUAAAAGGCGUCUACAAUAGUUUUAUGAGAGAAAGUAGUCAUGGAUUUAGCAGAGUAAAAACAUUUUUGAGUUUUUUAAAAGAUGGAAAGGAAAGGCAACUCUAGGCGCGCAACUUCGGCUGGAUACCGUUUAGUAGAGAGGCCUAGUGUUGCUUUAACAUCACAGUCCUCCGUGUCUAUAUACAGGCAUCCACCGGAUAGGACACGAAACACCGGAGGCGUUGAGAUACCGGCACAGGACUCUGACACUCGAGACCCAGUCAAACAGGAUCAAAUAUGGAGAGAAUAUGUACGCGCGGAAAGGAUGGGGGUGAAAGAGUGGGAAAAGAACUGGAGCUUUCUCAAGAACGUUGACCAGCUGGGUCGCCCCAGGACACAGUCUACCCUACCCAGCUAUGUGCCUGUGUACUCUGACUGCCUGCCUAACACCACAAACCAGAUGUUUGGGAGUCGCUUGUGCACAGAGCUCGGCAAGGAACUCAUUCGGAUGGACAAACUGCUACUACUGACCGGCAGUCAUGGCAAAACAAAACAGGGUCCAGAAAUGCAGCCCUGUUGAGACGUGUAACUCAUCCAUUAGAUUACACUUUUAUUACUGAAAAUGUUCAAGUAGUCCCUGAAUGUUGACAUUGCGCAUUCUCAAGAGCAUGGCAAGUUCAUUGUGCGCCACUUCCCUAGUGCCCAUGCUACAGGCGAGGUAGCUGAAACUGCAUAUUACAUGCAUGUUCGAUUUUAGGCUACGGCUCCGUGUUUUAUGUUUACUCAAAGCGAUGAAAUGUUUAAUUUAAUUGUUCUCGAAUUGAUCUAGGAUAUUAUGAAUGUCAGUCUUUUCAUUCCAUUAUUUUUGUUUAAAAUUAGACUACUCUUUUGAAUAGGCUGUAGGCUACUGUAAAUGUCCAUAGAGAUCACAAAAACACAGCAUAUUGCCAAAGCAAUUUUGUUUUGUUUAUGCUCUGUAUAAAUAAAGUAAUUGUAAUAGUGAUCAAAA